UGUAUUGUUCCAGAAGAUGAAAGCAAUCCAACGAACUUCGUCUUUUUCUCUAUUUACUUUGUUUCGAAGAAGCCGUCUAUAGAAAUUCUCAGUGUUUUCUCUCUCCGUUCCAGCCACUUGCUCUCGCAGAAAGCAUCGAUAUCCCAUCUGUUUGGCAACAGGAUGUUGGAAUCACAGUGAAGGAAAGAAGGGAGGGCGGAGACUUCUGAAACAGGAAAGCUCCGCCAUCAAAACUAUUUGUGUUGAUUAUAAAGUACUAAAGUAUUUAACCAGUAACGGACCUGUUUUUGAAAGGCCAUGGAGAUGAUGAUCUCCAGUGGUGUGGACUAUAGAUGAAGAGGAACUAUCCUUUGUAGGGGACCAAGCGAGAUACAUAAUAAUUACAGAGGAACCUAUAGACUCUACCAUGUUGGUCUGGAGGCUGCUUCAUAUCUAUGUGGUACUACAGGGGGCUGUUGGGUCCUGUUAUGCCCACAGCCUUUUUACCUGUGAACCUAGUAGGGUGCAGUGGUGCCAUGGCAUGCCCUACAACAUGACUUUCUUCCCCAACAUGUUGGGACACUAUGACCAAGACAUUGCUGCAUUGGCAAUGAAGCAAUUCAUGCCCCUUGCUACCCUCGAGUGCUCCCCAGAUGCUCAUCUCUUCCUGUGUCAGGCAUUUGUCCCAGAAUGCAAUGAGCCCACAUUGGUGUUGUCACCAUGUCGGGAGCUGUGUGAGAGAGUCCACUCAGACUGCAAAAAGAACAUGGAGAUCUUCGGAUUGAGCUGGCCCUCUGAACUACAGUGUGACCGGUUGAAUUACUGUCAGAAUUCACUUGAUGGGUCUAUAGUGUCCCCCACAAAGCAUGUGACCACGAGCUCACCCUCAUCAAAGCGGGACUUAGGUUUUUGGUGCCCAUUGCAGCUUAAGACUCAACAUGGACAAGGCUCUUCAUUCCUGGGAGCCCAAGAUUGUGCCCCUCCGUGUGAAAACAUGUACUUAAAGCCACAUGAAAUUAAGUUUGCAAAGACAUUCAUCGGCGUGUGCUCCAUUGUUUGCUUGUGUGCCACGCUUUUCACAUUCCUCACUUUCCUCAUUGAUGUUAAACGUUUUCGCUACCCAGAGCGACCAAUCAUCUUUUACGCAGUGUGUUACAGCUUUGUGUCGCUCAUCUACUUCAUUGGUUUUUUGCUGGGCAACAGAGCUGCUUGUAAUCAGUCUCUCCACCCAGGAGGUGUGGGAACAGUUGUCCUUGGCGCUCAAGGCAAUAAGGCAUGCACGCUGCUCUUCAUGUUGCUGUACUUCUUCUCCACAGCAGGGAUUGUGUGGUGGGUCAUUCUCACAAUCACCUGGUUUCUGGCAGCAGGGCCCAAGUGGAGCUGUGAGGCCAUUGAGAAGAAGGCUGUGUGGUUCCACUCCGUGGCAUGGGGCCUACCUGGAGCACUCACCAUCAUCCUUUUGGCUCUAGAUAAGGUGGAGGGGGACAGCAUCAGUGGUGUGUGCUUUGUGGGACUCUAUGACCUUGUCACGCUGCGCUGGUUUGUACUUGCACCGUUGUGUGUGGGUGUACUCACUGGCCUAGCUCUGCUGCUGGCUGGCAUUGUCUCUCUCAAUAAUGUGCGGCAGGUGAUCCAGCAUGACGAGCAGAACCAAGAGAAGCUGAAGAAAUUCAUGAUACGCAUUGGAAUCUUUAGUGGCCUCUACCUACUGCCGUUGCUCACACUCCUAGGCUGUUAUCUUUAUGAGCAAGGCCGGCGAGAAGCCUGGGAGCAUAGCUGGAUUAAUGACCGCUGCCGUGACUUCAGCAUUCCCUGUUCCCACAAGAGAACAGAGUUUGAUUGGCCUGACAUGUCCUUAUUUCUGAUAAAAUACCUGAUGACUCUGGUAGUGGGCAUAUCUGCUGUUUUCUGGGUCAGCAGUAAGAAGACUUGCUCAGAAUGGGCCAUUUUCUUUAAGCGGUCACACAAGAAAGAUGCCAUCAGCGAGAGUCGGCGAGUAUUGCAAGAAUCUUGUGAAUUCUUUUUGAAGCACAACAGCCGUGUGCAGCACAAGAAGCAGCACUACAUGCCCAACUCCCACAAACUUAAGGUCAUAUCAAAAUCCAUGGGCACCAGCACCGGUGAGCCAAUCCCUGCACCCACUGAUAACCAAGGUGAUGAGCUCCUCGUUGCCCAAACUGUUGGAAACCACCAAGGCAGGAGUCAGGCUGCAUUUUCAAGGACACAGAGUUCCUCUGAGAUGUCAGGAAAAGACCAGGUGGAGAGGCCUACGUCUAGGAGGAGCGGCCCCGUUGGACAGGCUGCUCACUUAAGCUCAGAGAAGCAUAACAACACUGGAAGCUCAAGCAAGUUCAGCAGUCAGUCUGAGAACUUCCGAAAGAUUUCAGCAGGAAGUAUGAAGCCGAGAGUAGAGUUUCCAGAAGAUAUGCAACCUCCCCAUGGGAUUCUUCACAGUAGUAGUGAGAGCCCUUUGCCAAGAAGUCAGGAUCAAAGGAGCAGCUGCUCUACUCUUCCCAAAAUGCAGACCUGAACCUGACCUUCAAACCUUCAAUCUCCGGAACCUGCAAACCUCAACUCUACGUGUAUUUGUGAGAGCCUCUCCAAAACUGCAGCUCCAUGAAAUGUCAACUGCGGGAACUGGAAAUAAUUACUGAUAUAUUGGAGCAUUACUUGUCUUAGUACCAAAAUCCAGCACUAGCCUUCAGAACAAUGGGACUUCUAUCGUGAUAAUUAUAGUUGUAGUCAAAGGUGUGAUAUAGCAGUUUUCUUCCUGCUGACCAUUUACAAGGCUAUGGAAUUCCUGUAAUGUAGUGGUUCCUGAUAUAUGGGGCAGGCCCCCAAGUGUGUUGGGGUGGUGAUGGUGAUGACUGAUAGAGGGCCGUGUGAUCGGGGUGAAAAAAUUUAAAGAGAACUCUUAAACAACUACUGGUCCAGGAAUUGAUGGAGAAGUACUAGCAUUGACAUACGUGUGCUAAAUCCCUUAUUUUACGUUAUAAAUCAAUCAUCCUCUAGUGAUUUACCUUGACCAAUCCAAUGACCAACCUUGAAAAGGUACAAAAGCAAGCACCAUUCCUCCUUACAGACUAGCUCCAGAUGUACUCUAGCUCACCCCACUGGUUUUCUGUGGAGUCCCAUCAGUACUGUAGGCAGGGUUAUAUUGGGUGGCUCUCAUACACUCUCCUCGAUGCUCAAUCCUCGAGGGGCGUUCCUACUGAUCUAUAACUAACACUGGAUAGACUAUCCCAUUGUUGCCGCCCCAUCAUUCUUUAUGUAGAUCAGUGAGGAUCGAGGCCCGAGGAGGAAGGGAGGAUGUAUAAAAGACCAAAUGGGAGGCACCCAUUGAGUUUAUUUGUAUGCAGAUCAUCAGUCAUCUUUCAGUGUAUGCAAAACCUGCCAGGGGUGUUUAUUACCAAAAAGCUUUUUUUUGUUCAUUUUCAUAUAACCUGACCAUAGAAAACAAUUCAGGCAAAGUCUCAGCGGCGUUAGAGGUUACUCCAGCCACAUUUGUCAUUUAGAGUCAGGAAAGGCAUUUUUCUGGAAUGCUUUAUAAAAAAUCUAUUAGCAUGGAAGUCAUGUCUGAUGUUUUAGUCUACAUUGUUGGAUAAAAUAUUGGAACAAAAUCAUGCUGAUAAUUAAAUACAUGUGUUCUCAUUUCCUCACAUAUUGAGGACUAAAUUUGUUUGGACGGAAUUAAUUUCACUUUGUAAAGACUAAUAAGAACAAAUGUAUUUAAUUACCUGUGUGAUUUUGUGUGUCACCUUAUUUUUUUAUAUUUCAGUGAAACAGAAAGCCAUGAUUUCCUGCUUGAAGGUUCAUAUACAGUAAAUAAUAAUAAAUAAUAACUUAUUACUCAUUUUUACCAAGGGUUCCAGUAAUUGUUGAUGGCAGCAGAGCAGUCUACUAGCCUGACCAAUUUAUUUGGUGAUGAGUUCAUACUGUAGCUAACUUUGUACUUAUAUAAUGUUGGUUAGCCUAAUGUUUUGCAGGAUAAAAGACAAAAAAAAGUUCAACCAAGAACUGUAUUCAUUUGAAUAGUUUGGAUGAAGAAAUAACGUUUAAGAAAAGCUAUGCAACAGCCGAUGGACAUGUUUGCUAUAUGAGCUUCUCAGUCUUUCCAUUGUGAUGCUGGGGAUGGGAUGGGAUGGGAUGG